UGGUUAACUUGUGCUAUUACAUUUUUCUGGUACAUGACUGUAUAUGUUUUGUUUUGUUUUGUUUUGUCAUGGUAGUGAGGCUAUGAAAUCCAUGACUUCAAAGAUGAUGGAAUUGAAUCUCAUCAUCCUUAGGAUGAUUUUGGAGAGCUUUGGCUUGGGAGACCACUAUGAAUCCCAGGCCCAAAACACCACCAGUGCUUUUCGUUUCAUGAAGUACAAAGCUCCUCCUCCAAGCAACAUUAACAAUGCCCUUGGUCUUGUGCCUCACACUGACAAAAACACCCUAACCAUUCUGUGCCAAAACGAUGUGCAAGGCCUAGAGAUUCUGACCAAACAAGGCAAAUGGGUGGAGGUGAUGGUCCCGAAAGAAGCUGUUAUGGUGUUUGUUGGGGAUGCACUUAAAGCCUGGAGCAAUGGGAGGCUUCAUGCAGUGACACAUAGGGUUAUGAUGAGUGGGGACAAAGAGAGGUACUCGUAUGCCCUAUUUGCUUUGCCUAAAGAGGAGGUGGUAAUUGAAGUACCUCAGGAAUUUAUAGACAAAGAGCACCCUUUGCUAUACAAGCCAUUCAACUUUGCUGAAUACUUCACAUACUUCACGUCCAAUAUUGGUGAAGAUGCACUUGAAUUAUAUGCUGGAGUUUGAUAUAUAAUUAUGACUAUAUAUAUCCAUCGGGGAUGUGUUUUGUAAUAAGGUUGCUUUAUUAUAUAUGUGUGGUGCGUUUUACUUUCAUUAAAGACAAAUAAUUUUAGUGUGUGUGGUUGGUAUGGAAUUUAGACAAUAUAUGUGUAGAAGUAUCUUGCAUCUUUUCCACAUAAAUAUAUUUGGUU